UUUGUGGUCCGUCAGACCAGCUCUACUUGGUGUGGGCAGGAUAUGCUCUGUAACCUCUUCUGUGUCGCUCAACUAGGUUUAGUCCUGUAGAUUUAGCAUUUAGCAUCGAUGUUCAGGUCUCUCUGACAAAACCCUCCAAAUUUUCUUCGCGCACACAACCACACACACCUCAUGUUUCUUUAGCAGUCUGGGUGUUGUGCAGGCGAAGAGAAGCAACGCCGGCAGAGACGACCUGUGUGCCGCUACAUGUGUGACUCGCGGCUCCCCACACAGCCUUAGCUAACGGCUAGAUCUAUUAGCCGUUAAUCGCAAAUUUUGCCAUUUUCCCUUUUUCAUUUCUUUAUUUCCGGCAGCUUCAGCUCAACUAGCUAAAAGUCACACAGGAUUUAACUUUUUGUUGACUUGCUAACAAGGACAAUUCCAAUUUUCCCUCCCCAAAGACACUUCCAAAGGCAGUUUUGCGAAUUCAAGAAAAGCUUCGGUUUUCGUUGUAGUUGGAUCUCUUGAGUCACGAUGUGGGAGUUCCGCUCUAUGAUGUUCUGGCGGGCGGUGUUUGCCGAGUUUUACGGCACCAUGUUCUUCGUGUUCUUCGGGAUGGGCGCAGCGCUGCGCUGGACCUCGGGGCCGUACCACGUCUUCCACACUGCCCUGUGCUUCGGUCUCGCUGCUGCCACACUCAUCCAAUCCAUCGGCCACAUCAGCGGAGGACACAUCAAUCCGGCCGUCACCUUCGCCUACUUGGUGGGCUCUCAGAUGUCCCUGUUCAGAGCUUUCUUCUACAUUUUUGCCCAGUGCCUGGGGGCCUUGGCAGGGGCCGCGGCCCUCUACGGAGUCACACCCAGCAACAUGAAAGGCACACUGGCACUGAACACGCUGCAGCCCGGGAUCAGUCUGGGAAUGGCGACCACAGUGGAGGUGUUUCUCACCAUGCAGCUGGUGAUCUGCGUCUUCGCCGUCACAGACGAGAGACGCAACGGGCGUCUGGGUUCUGCCGCUCUGUCCAUUGGCUUCUCGAUUACCAUGGCCCACCUGAUGGGGAUGUACUACACUGGCGCUGGUAUGAACCCAGCCAGGUCUUUCGCUCCUGCUCUUAUCAUGAGGAAUUUCAUCAACCACUGGGUGUAUUGGGUGGGGCCCAUGAUUGGUGGUGCAAUGGGGGCCAUCCUGUACGACUACAUGCUGUUCCCUCGUAUGAGGGGGUUAUCUGAGCGGCUAGCCACUCUAAAGGGCACCCGGGCCCCCGAGGCCGAGAACCAGCAGGACGCCCGGGGGGAGCCCAUCGAGCUCAAGACACAAACCCUAUAAACCUAAUCAAAACCUGGGGACCGAAGUCUGGCUCUACCUCACUGGACCAUCUCACCUCCCCGAGCAACAGCCAAUACACCUGUUAAAAUGAUAUCGAAAUAAAACCCCACGCAGAGGGUCGCACAUCUACACUAAAAUCAUGAAGAGAACUGAAUUGAGUAGAGCACUCUGUGUAAUAUUAUAGGUGAGUUGCUAGUACCAGUGCAGGGCAGAGGGCGGAGCUGAAGCAGGGGUUCAGGUGGAUGUGGGCGGGGUUUAUGGUGUGGGAGGGGCUAGAUCCGUUUAUUUAGACAUGCUUUUCACUUUUCAUCUGACUUCAUUUUUCACAAUUCAUUUUCAAUUUCGUUUUCUACAACACAAAUCAUUUUUGGAUGUAUGCUACUUAACCAGGGUGUCACAUUUUUUUCCACACGUUUUUUAUUUUAUUUCCAUGAGAGUUAAUGUGGGUGUGCAAGUGAGUGCCACUGUGUGGGUCUUUUGUGUGUGUGUGUGUGUGUGUGAGUGAGGCAGAUCAUGCACAAGUAUGUAAGCUACAUGUGUUUAGCUUGUGCAUGACCAAGUGUUUGUGUGUCUGUUAACUGAGCAUUUAUUUUGGGUUUUUAUCAUUACAGCUCGCUCAUGUCUGUACCAUGCUCAUGUUUUUUUCUCUUAUUUUUACGGGACUCUAUGACAACCCAAACUGUAUUGUUUGCAAUGAUAUUCCAUUCAUUUGAACUUUCACACAAACCACCCGUGAACUGAGCUGUUUUAAUGACACCAGUCCUUGCCACCAGUCUUUGCAAUUACUUCAAGUUUACAGUGUCUGUUGCCUUUCAUUAAAUCUUUUUUUGAGAAAAACAUCCAUGACUGGGUAAAAAAUACAGCAACAUGAAUCAUAUUUGAAUGCAAAUAAAUACAUGAAAAAGAAAA